CAGUGAGCAGUGAGACAUUGAGCACCUUUGGGGUAAAAUUAAAAAUGUUCCUGGGUUGCCAGGCAACAAGCGACCGAGCUCUUCAACAACAACAAUUGUUAGCUUGGAGAAGCCGUGUCCGAUACAGCUAUGGCAAUUCUACACCAAAGUCCAUUAGCAGGGCCAAACAAUGGACAGACGAGGUGGAAAACUUGUACAGAUUUCAGCAAGCUGGAUACAGAGAUGAACUGGAAUACAAACAAGUAAAGCAAGUUGAUCUGAUUGACAGGUGGCCUGAGACUGGCUUUGUGAAAAAGUUACAGCGCCGGGACAACACGUUUUAUUAUUACAACAGAAAAAGGGAAUGUGAAGACAGAGAAGUCCAUAAAGUGAAGGUCUAUGCAUAUUAGGUCAGAAGUGUCCAAUAUAUAUUUUUUCUUUUCUUUUUUUUCUUUUUCUUCAAAUUGUGAAUAAGACUGGCCAGUUGCUCAAGUAGUUGCAACUGUAUAGCUCAGUUCACUGAAUAAAUUAUGUUGAGCUGAAGAUGUCUAAGUGUGUGAAGUAUACAAGUAAUCAAGUGUGUUAAUUCAGUCGUGAUUUUCAAAAAAGUGUGCUACCAUGUGAUCACAGAUCACAUAUACAAUGUUUUGCUGGGAAUCAAAAUAAAGUAGCCUACUGAAAUGUGGGGA